CCGCACCCGCACGCCACCCCCUCCCCCCCCGUACCAGGUCGCACCGCAAUGCCGCCGCGCGCGGCCAACGACCCACGCCUUCACGCCCGCACUCCUCUCCUCUCGCUUCCAACAGUUCCUUUAUUAUUUAUUCCUUAUUAUUAAUUUCCACGAGCGUCCAGCGGUCGGCCCGUCCCAGCCGUCCGAUACGCCUGGCCAGCGGCAUCCGACGGCCACGGGGGGAGGCGAGGGCGCCAGCCUCCGAUGGUCAAGGCGUGAGCGUUAACCCCCCACGAGCCGCGGUAGGCGCCGCCGCCGCUGCCGCUGCCGCCCACCGCCCGCCGCCCACCGCCACCCCUCGUAGCCGCCUAAACAUGACUCCUCCUCCGUUAUAACCCCCCGCCCCCUCCGCCUCCGCCUCCCACCCCGCCUCGCCACCAGCGCCAUGGCCCCGCCUUCUCCCCCCGCCCACGCGGCCCGGCGCGUGCCGCCCCCGUGCUGGACCCCCGAGGAGACCGUCGCGCUCGCGCGCGCCUACACCGCGCGCCGCCUCGCCGUCGGCCGCGCCCACCUCAGCUCCGCCGACUGGGCCGCCGUCGCCGCGGCCGCCACCCCGUCCAAGACCGCCCGGCAGUGCCGCCACAAGGUCGAGAAGCUCCGCCGCCGCCUCCGCUCCAAGCGCCGCCGCCCUUGCCCCAUCCUCGACGGCAUAGAUCUGCUCGACGAUCCUUCGUCGUCCCCCUCACGCUCCCACUCCCCGUCCCCGCCGCCGCCCGCCUCCCCGCUCCCCCCAUCCCCCUCCCCGUCCAAGAAGCGGAAGCGGCCCGAUCCCGAUGAAGAAGGGUACGCCGGGGAGAGCGACGUGGUGCAGGCGGUCAGGGCGAUCGGAGAGGGAUUCGUACGCGCCGAGCUGAGGCGGAUGGAGGCGGCGAGGGAGUCGCAGCGGAUGCGCAUGGAGAUGGCGCUGCGGCACCUCGACGCGCAGCGCCGGCUCCUGGACGGCCUCGUUGGCCGCAUCGUCGACGCGUUGGAAUGAGGCGGCGGCGCGGCCAAGGUGUCCCCUCCUUUCAGGAUCUCUCGUGCUUUCGACUUGAGGUGUUAGAGCUGCGUCCUUCAUAUACUCCAUGUACCUGCUGUGAUUCUGAUGAUGGAUCAUGGUCGUCUCAUCACGUAGAUGUAGAUGCGUAGAGAGCAAAUACUGCUGCUUUUACCGUCUUUUGUAUAGCUGUGUGGCCAAGUGGAAGCACAUCUUAUUGGAAAGAAAAAAUAGAUCUUGAGUUUUCCUGA